AUGGGUGUAUCACCCAGUUUCUGGGGGGCUGCCAAGCCUCAGAACAGGGGCAGGGAUGCCGUGGAAAUCUGGGAGGAAAAAUCUCUGUCCAUGUGCUUGGAAAACUGCUGUAUGAGGUCCUUUUUCUUGUUCUUUCUCCAGUUCCRCACCGCUACCAGGCUGAAACAUCAAACAUCUGGGAAACCUGCCAGUCUGUCCAGGCAGGAAGAAGAUACGAUGGACAGCAGGACUGGCUUUGAGCAGGACAGAGACUGUGCCACUUCAGGGCAUGGUCAGGGGCUGAAAUUGGAGCCCUGUUUCCAGACUGACUCUCUCUUGCCUUCCCCUGACACAACUCUGAUACCACAGCUCCUCAGCCACCCCAUGGCUGGCAGGAGCCCGGAUCCCACCAUCCUUUUCCCUUCCUCUCAGACAGUGGCCCUGCCUCUUGACUACAAAUGUUGUGCACGUCCUGGAGAAGAAGCGCAAGGCCUGGCUUUCCCCAUGACCCAUGGCCCGGCUCCUGUGCCCUGUGCUGAUGGGGACCAGCUCUCCAAGCAGCACCCACGGGACCAGCUGUCUGACCAGCACCUACGAGCCAAGCGGGCCAGGGUGGAGAGCAUCAUCCAGGGCAUGAGCCUUCCACUAACCCCUCAGGCAUUUGACAUGAGCCUGAGGGCAGCUUUUAGGCAUGAGAGGGACAGGGGUGGUGAGGUACCCCGGGAGAGCAAGGGGAAGCUGAGGGUGCCUCAGCAGGGCGUGGGGACAGCUGGACAAGUGGCUCCCACAGGGGACAGCUCCCAUGCCAAGGGCUGCCAGCAGCUGAAAGAGCAGCUCUGCUUUUUAGAGCAGCAGCUGARGUGGCUUCAGGAGAAGUUUUACCAGGUCUGUGACUCUGAGGAUGCUUCCCAAACCCAGGAAGAUUCCGAGAAAGUGCAGUUACUACCUGGAAAGACUGGAGGCAGACGGAACAAGGACAGUGCCACUGCCACCAGCAACCCAUGCAAAGUGCCUCUCAGGAGGAGCACCCUGGAGGUGCAUGGGCUGGAGGAAGCUGAGGACAGAGGUGACACAGGUGGCCUGCCCUCAGCAGUGAGGGUCCUCUCACAGGCACUGAAGCACGAGCUGGCUGUGGUGACAUCCCAGGUAGUGGACUCUGUCCUGAAGACUGUCUGGCCAAAGGCAGGCAGCCACAUCCAGAAGCAGCACCACAGCCUCCCGGUGCCAGGGCCAGUUGCCAGGAGACAGAAUUCUGCUGGUGGGAAAUGCAGAAAGUCACUUGCUAAGCCAUCUCCCAUGAAUGCACCAGGCUCGCUGGGCUCACCCCAGGCUGAGGUCCUGCCAAGAGCUUUGGAGAAGAGCCUGGGCUCUUAUGCUGGCUCCUUCAGCUCAAAGGGGGUCAGAAAAUCCUCUCAGCUACCCAGUAUGGGUUAUUCAGUGGGCACAGCCACCCCUGACCAGGACAGCCAGCUSCUGAGCCAGCUGUUGGGCUAUGGCCAGCACAGCCUCUGGGGCAGCGACUCUCGUGAGAACACAUCUGCUCUGGAGAGGGGUUGUCCAGAACCACUCAAUUUGCACUGGGGAAAUGUCAAACUGAGGUCAUCGAUUGUGAGACAGCAGCAGCAGCAUCCCCUGCCCCUGAGCCCUUCUGACAUGGAGAGCCUGGCACUGUCAGCUGACAGGGACRGCCGCAGCGAGCAGCCAGCUGCGAUGGACCGAGUGCCCUUUGCCUCGACCCAUAUAUCCUUUGGGGGCAGCURGAGGCAGAUGCAGGAGGUGCUGACCCCUGGACACCUGAAGAAGGCCAAGCUGAUGUUUUUCUUCACCCGCUACCCCAGCUCCACUCUGCUGAAGAGCUACUUCCUCGAUGUGCAGUUCAGCCGCUGCAUCACCUCCCAGCUCAUCAAGUGGUUCAGCAACUUCCGUGAGUUUUACUACAUCCAGGUGGAGAAGUUUGCCCGGCAGGCCCUGCUGGAGGGUGUUGUGGAUCCUUGCACCCUCCAGGUCUCCCGGGACUCGGAGCUCUUCCGUGCCCUCAACAUGCACUAUAACAAGGGGAAUGACUUCGAGGUGCCAGGGCGGUUCCUGGAGGUGGCCAGCCUGACACUGCAGGAGUUCUUCAGUGCCGUCAGGGCAGGCAAGGAUGCUGAUCCCUCCUGGAAGAAACCCAUUUAUAAAAUCAUUUCCAAACUGGACAGUGACAUCCCAGAAGGGUUCAAAGCUGCCAGCUGCUCCCAGGAACUGCUCCACAGCUAA